AUGGCGCGCGCGGCUGUCAGUUGGUUUUUCCGCCGCGCGCUGCGCUCGAGCCGCCCGUUUGGCGCUGUCCCGCGCCGGGGGCCGGUCAGCCCACCCUCGGCAUGGGCGUACGCUGCAGUGGAGCCGGCGAGGCCGGAGCAGAUGGUGUUUGUGGAAUAUGCAGCCGAACUCGAGCAACAGCAACAGCAGCAGCAGGAGGAGGAGGAGGAGGAGGAAGAGAAGGGGAACAGUGUGGCGGCCUCGAGAAAGGCCGAGGCCUCACCCGCGUGCGCUGCUCUGCGCCGCCAGCUCCACGCCUUGCAGGCGCUGAGUCCGCCGCCGGCGGCCGAGCCACAAGUGACCGACCCUGACUUCCCGGCUCCUGAGCUGCCGUCGAGGAAGAAGAGGCGGCGGCAGGAGCACCGGGUGUACGGUACUGCCGACCCGUUAGAGCCGGCCAGCGGCUCGCCGUGCUCGGGCUGCGGUGCCGUGUUGCACUGCGUGGACCCGUCCCUGGCCGGUUACCUCCCGAGCGAGAAGUACAAACAGCUGCUUCAGGCCGGCACCCUGCAGCGCUCCGUGUGCCAGCGAUGUUUCCUGCUGGUACACCACCAAAAGGCGCUGGAGGUUCGGGUGCCGGAGGGAGAGUACCGGCGCCUGUUAGGCCGCAUCGCGCAGGAGUCUGCCCUGGUACUCUACAUGCUCGACCUGCUGGACCUGAGCGGCAGCCUCAUUCCCGACCUGCGGCGGCUGGUGGGCGAGCGGAACCCCGUCCUGGUACUGGCCAACAAGAUCGACCUGAUCCCCGCCGACUGUCAUGACUACCUGAAGAAGCUCCGGCAGCGGGUGUUACAGCACUGCGGCCUGGCCGGCAUUUGCACCGACUACCGGGGUCGGGACGUGGUGCAUCUGAUCAGCGCCAAAACCGGCUAUGGCAUCGAAGGGCUGAUCUCCCGGCUCCAGAGCUCCUGGCGCUACAGAGGCAACGUGUACUUGGUUGGCAACACCAACGUGGGCAAGUCUACCCUCUUCAACACCCUCCUGCAAUCUGAUUUGUGUAAAUCAAAGGCCCCCGAUGUCAUCCAGAGAGCAACAGUUUCUCGCUGGCCAGGAACUACGUUAAACCUUCUUAAGUUUCCAGUUAUAAAUCCCACACCGUACAGAAUGUUUCGAAGGUCAGAAAGAUUGAAAGUAGUCAAGUCACAAACUGAAGCUGACCUCAGUGAAGAAGAGUUGAAACAACUUCACCGAUUGAAGAAACAGGGCUAUUUAAUUGGUAGAGUUGGCAGAACGUUUCGUAACUCCCAAGUGGGUGGUGAACGAAACAAAGGAAUGAUUGAAUGGGAUCCAGAUGAACUGUCCCUGAGUGCAGAACCUGAAGAUUGUAAGAAAGAAAAUGUCUCAUAUGCCCAGAAGCUGGUGGAAUUCACAUACAAUGAACUGAAAGAUGCUCGCUGGUUUUAUGACACACCUGGCAUCUUAAAGCAAGACUGUAUUUUAAAUCUACUUACAGAUCAAGAACUGAAGUUUGUUAUGCCAUCAUCAGGUAUUGUUCCUCGGACAUAUGUGCUACGACCUGGUAUGGUGUUAUUUCUGGGUGCCCUAGGUCGCAUCGACUUCCUGCAGGGAGAAACGUCGGUCUGGUUUUCUGUGGUUGCUUCCAACCAACUUCCAGUCCAUGUUACAAGCCUCGAUAAAGCAGAUUCAAUCUACCAGAAGCAUGCUGGAAAAGCAUUACUUGGGGUUCCUAAUGGUGGAGAGGAGAGGAUGAAAGAUUUCCCUCCCUUGGAAUCACAGGAUAUUGAGUUAUUUGGAAUUGGUCCUUUUGAGGCUGUAGCUGACGUAAAGCUCUCUUCAGCAGGCUGGAUUGCAGUGACAGCUCAGUCACAGGAUAAAAUUAGGCUUCGGGCCUACACUCCUGCAGGAAUUGGCUUAACAGUUGAAAAGCCUCCUCUUCUACCAUUCAUUGUCAAUGUUAAAGGAAAACGAAUAAGAAAAUCCCCAGCCUAUAAACUUAAAAAGCUACAACCUGUUGUGGAAAACCUACGACCAUUACCUCAAAAACAUGGCCUGCUUGAAGAAUGGAAACAUGCAGGAUGGUCAUUAUCCCAGGGUUUGUAAAUAAAUUACUGUCUUAAGUCCUAUUAUGUAAAUUAUCUUUUGGCUAUGAUUUUGCGAGCAAGUGGCUGCUGAAUAAUUACAUUGUCACCUUUGAUUCUUUUAAUGGAGUAUUUACUAAUUUCCAAGAUGUGAUUUUCAGUACAAUCAUACGUGAAAGAAGUUUUUUUUAGUUGUGCGAUCUGACACUGUUGCAAAUAAAUAUAUGCACCAAAUCUCUGUUAAGAUAUUUAACUCCCUGACAAAUUUAUAAUGCCAUGUGCUGAGUUUGUACAAAUUACUACGAGACUAGCAUCCUGUUUUGAUUCUUUUGUUUCCAUAAUGGAAUCAUAAUUGCUUUUAAUUUGUGUAUAUGUAACUUGCAUUGACAUGUAGUUUGUAAAAUAUGUAUAUAACGAAAUUUGUAUCCCAUGGCUACAAUUACCUCUACUGUAAGUAAACCUGAUGACUUAUUUUCUGUUCUGUGUUUUUGAUUACUAGCAUUGCCUGAACAACUAUUUCUUGUACUUGUACAUGUACACAUGUACAUGUACAUGCACUUUAUAAAUGUGAAUUGUUGUGACAAAGACUUGUUUGGACCCUUCUCUCAACUCUGUCAACGCAUCAGCUGUGAGUGACAAAUCACCAAUGGGAAAUGGUGAGCAAAUCUGUACCUUUGUACCUGAAAUAACGUCAUGGUGCAUAGAAGAGACCAUUCAGCUUGGUGCUUGAGCUAAUUUUUUGGGUGAUCUAUUCGCUUCAUUUCACUGCUUCCUUUUUGCUUAUUAUCAAUUCCUUUUUCAGGUAUUUACCCACAUCUAUUCAAUUUUGCUUCUAAAUCUGCUUCAGCCAUCCUUUUCAAGCAGUGCGUUCCAGAUCAUAGUAAUUCGUUGCACAAUUUUUUUUUUUGCCAUGUCACUCAUGGUUCUUUACCCAAUCACUAAAUCCACAGGUUACCCAACCCUAUGUCUCUGGAAAGUUUCUCAUUUACUAUAGAUAUUUUUAAUCAACCUGUUCAAAUAUGUCACAGCAUAUGAAAUGAAACUUGAACUCUGUUCCUGGCUUAGUGAUAGGUCUGUCACUGUGCCUCAGGAACCUGAUUAUGCCAUACUAUCCAGCAUUAAUGAUUUUAAACACCUGUUAAAGCACAUCAUGUCCUUUUAUUGAGUCCCUAACUGGACAGUUUCCUGUUACUAAUCUGUAACUUUGUAAUUUACCUGGCUUGAGGUAUACGUUAGGAAAAUUAUUACAAAAUGUCCCUUAAUAUCUUUUGACCCUUGAACUUCAGCAUCCUUUUAUAGUGCUGUAAUAGUUGCUUUUUCAACACUACCAACCUCCAUGUUUAUUUCUGUUUUAAAAUUCUUGGCUAUAAUGAUAUUGCAUGUGUAGCCCCUUUAAGAGAUGAUGUGCUUUUUUUUAAGCUUGGAGAUUUAAACAAAAAUGUGGCUAAGCAGCUGAACAGGUACAGAUAGUUCUGAAAUGGAAACGUAUCAAUUGGCUGUGUGAUUUUAAACCUUAGGCUUGUUUUAAUGUUUUGGCAACUAGUUGGAAUCAGCCAAUUAAUUUAAACUGACACUUAGCAAUUGAAAGCCAAUUGAAUUUAAAUCAGGGGUUAGGCCCAAAACGUCAGCUUUUGUGCUCCUGAGAUGCUGCUUGGCCUGCUGUGUUCAUCCAGCUUCACACUUUAUUAUCUUGGAUUCUCCAGCAUCUUCAGUUCCCGUUAUCUCUGAAUUUAAAUCUGAUGGUUUUGACAACCUUGGACCAAUGCUAUUGUAAAAGAAGAUUGAUAUGUCAUCCAAGGUAUAUAAGGAGAGUUUUUUUUUUGAAAAUCUGUGAGAGUGAAGUGCCAUCUGAAAAAUAAGCAUCUAGCCCUCAAGAAAUUGCUGAGCUCUCUAAAACAGUGCUGUCUACUCAACUGGAAGCACCAUAAUACUUUUAUAAUAUAAGAGUCCUGACAAAAGACUUCUCAGAAAACGUUCCUGACAACUGGAUCAGAGGAAGAAAGAUGUUUAUGACUGGAGAGAUAGCAGCGAAGACGGAGUAUUCUAAAAGACAUCGUGUGGACUUUGAGAGACAAAAGUUUAGUUUUUAUUACUUGGUUUAUAUAAGUGGAACUUGUUUAUUGGAAUAGCAUAGAAGUAGAAUUUUGUUCAUUUAGGGAAGUUAGAAGUUGGAGAAAUUCUGAUUGUUUGUAAUUCUAUUAAUUUGUUCAUUGUUAGGGUUAAAUAAAUAAAUUAGUCACUUUGUAGUUAACAACAGGGAUUUCUUUUCAUUUAAUCUGUUCCUCUCCAAAACACUAUCUCAUCUCUGUAAUGUUUAUCUUUU